CAAUCACCUCUGCAUUGAAAUGGCCUUAAAUACGGUCGUCGAGGUUGUUCAUGCGAGCGGCGUGUCGUCGCCUGUCAGCCUAUCGUCGGUGUUAUUGAGUGAAGCUUCGCUACCAGGGUUGCGCCGGAUUGAACCCCACGUCUCUCGUCGUGUCGUGCCCCACCAUGGAGAUCCUCGAGCUUCCCUCCUGCUUGCUGGCUUACUCUGUUGAUUGAUAGUCAUACUACAUCAUACAACAAUGUCUCACGGCCACUCACACGAAGGCGCGUCGCAUUCGCAUUCGCACGAAGCCGCGGAUCACGGCCACACGCAUGAGAUCCUCGACGGGCCGGGGAGCUACCUGGGUCGCGAGCUGCCCAUCAUCGAGGGAAGAGACUGGGAAGACCGGUCCUUCACUAUUGGAAUUGGAGGACCAGUGGGCUCGGGCAAGACAGCCCUCAUGCUAGCCCUCUGCAAGCACCUCCGAACACGCUUCUCCAUAGCCGCGGUAACAAAUGACAUCUUCACCCGAGAAGACUGCGAGUUCCUCACCAAGAACAAUGCCUUGCCCGCCGAGCGCAUCGUCGCCGUCGAAACAGGAGGCUGCCCCCAUGCCGCUGUCCGCGAAGACAUCUCCGUCAAUCUCAUGACGCUCACAAACCUGCACCAAAAGUUCAACACGGACCUCCUGCUCAUCGAGUCCGGCGGUGACAAUCUCGCUGCCAACUACUCGCGCGAACUCGCCGACUUCAUCAUCUACGUUAUCGAUGUCUCGGGUGGUGACAAGAUCCCCAGGAAGGGGGGUCCGGGUAUCACACAGUCAGACCUGCUGGUCGUCAAUAAGAUCGAUCUUGCCGAGGCGGUCGGCGCGGAUCUGGGUGUCAUGGAGCGGGAUAGCAGGAGGAUGCGUGAGGGUGGGCCAACUAUCUUUGCGGUUGUCAAGAGGGAUCAGGGUGUGGAUGCUAUUGUGGACUUGAUUCUGUCCGCGUGGAAGGCUUCUGGUGCCGUGCAGGCUAAGAAGGACAAGUUCGAGCCUACAUUGAUGGAGGAGAAAUAAAGAGACAACAAGGGAACUUUGUCAUGUCACAAUAAGAUAGCGUUAUGGUCCACGAUGAUUCGGGGAU